AAUGCAAAACCAAACAACUUCAACGGGUUGGCUAAUAUGUUUCCUUUUAAUUUUAAUUUUUGCAACAACAUCACUUAUCUUGGGUUUAUUAACACCUAGUUGGCAGAUUGUUUAUUUGGAAGAAGGUAGAACAGAACACCAUCAUGGUCUCUGGUUAGAUUGUAAGAGAGAUUACUCUUAUGAUUAUGGACGUUCCAAGGAAUAUUAUGCUACUUUACACAGGCAUUUUGACCUUGCCCGUCCUUUUGAUCAAUUUUGGCUAACAGCAUUAAAUUGUGUUUUUAAAUUUGAUUACUGGCUAGAUGAAAAGGAUUGGUAUGAACUUGGAUAUGACGAGAAUAGAUUGUGGGGGGAUGCUUAUCAGCAUUUAUUUUUGGGUUGGAAAAUAGCAACAUUAGUAGCCAAUCUUAUCUCAACCAUCUGUGCUAUUUUUGCUAUAAUUUUUUUAAUUUUUGCUUUUUGUCAUCGUUUAUGUACUUGUAUAGCAGCUGUUUUAGUUGUAAUUUCUGUUCUUUCGAGUAUUGCGGGUAAUUUACUUUUUUUCAUGUUUGCCUCAGAUCAAGACAAUAAUAUUAUUAAAGAAGAAGAAGGAAUUUAUGAACAACAUUUUGGUUGGUCCUUUUGGAUAUCUUUAUUCAGCAAUAUAUUAAUGUUAAUAUGUUCAAUCACCGGUUGUAUAGCUACAAAAGCUGCAUUUGGCAAAAAUCGGAGCGAAAAAUUUAUGAAGAUUAAAGUAAUUAUUUUGGGCACAUUAUAAG